AUGUCCACGGCUUCGGGACUACGGGAUCAGGUAUCCCUUCUGCUGGGGAUUCUCAAAGCCAAGGACAAGGAGCUGAAACAGUAUCGCAUCGAGGGAUGCCAGCUGCGCAGAGCGACCGCAGUGACCCAACCCUUUGAUCUCAAGAGUUUUAUGAUCGAGCACAAGAAAGUGCUGGACUGCGCCGCUGCCUUCGAGAAGGCGCAUGGUAUUUUUGCGGAUGAUGAGCCAACGGGCAGUUUGUCAGUGCUUUCACCAAGUGGGCAGAAUGCGAAACCGAAGACUCUGUCAAGCGGCUACUCAGCUUCGUCGGAGACAUCGAGCCCAAGAGUGACUCCUCGCAUUAGGAAGCGCAAGGCUCUUAAAAUCAGUACCAAUCAUAUGGUGCGCAAGGUGAUGCAGCGCCGCUCCAAUCCGCAAAUCGAAGCCAUCCACAUCGUCUGGACUUCUCCGAGGAGGGUCGGCGAACGUAACCGAAGUGUUGGAAGUGAAGCAGCUGGAAAGAUAGAGCCCAAGAUAGUGGGCGGCUAUGAAACGUCCAUAGAACAGGUGCCGUACCAGGUGUCCAUUCGCCUCACCGCCAACGAGAGGAAGAGCUAUGGAUCCGGUCACCUGUGCGGCGGAGUGGUCAUUUCCCAGCGUUUGGUGGUCACCGCCGCCCACUGCUGCUACAUCACCGACAAGAAGAAGUACCGAACUGCUGGUGAAUUCGUCCUGGUCAUGGGCAGCACCUACCUGACCAGCUCCACCGAUCGCACUUUGACGUACUACCUGCAGCAGCUGAUCCUGCACGAGCAUUACAAGCCGGACGUGUUGACCAACGACAUUGCCCUGAUGUUCAUCAAUGGCUAUAUACCCUGGAACUGGCCGACGGUAAAGGCCCUGGCAUUGAACAGCCAACUCGUGGCCACAAGCACCGACUGCCUGAUCUCCGGAUGGGGUCUGCUCCGGCAGGGCGCAACGUUUAGCAGUAAUACUCUGCAGGCCGCCACGGUGCCCAUUAUGUCCUAUACCACCUGCCGCCUGGCGUACAAUUCGGUGCCGCUUUCCCAGGUGUGCGCCGGCUUUUGGAGUGGAGGAGUGGACGCCUGCCAGGGCGACUCCGGCGGACCCAUGAGCUGCAACGGAAACUUGGCUGGCAUCGUUUCCUACGGUGCUGGAUGCGCAGCACCUGGUUAUCCGGGCGUCUACACCAAUGUGUCGUACUAUAACGAUUGGAUUGUCGCGCAGAACAACUCCCUGAACUAUACGCUCUAUCAUAACGAAGGAGUGCGGCAGGCAUCGGGUUGGUGCUACUGCCUGGGGAUUCUGCCACUCAUUGUGGCCUUCCUCCUGGAACGCUGAAUCUAGUCUGUGCAUUUAGUGAAAAACUAGAUUUUAAACUAAGUUAAAGUGCAAUUAAUUUAUUAAAUUAGUUCAAAAAUGUUAUAUAUUUGACACCUGGUAAUUUUGUAUCAUUACAAUAACAUGCCAAACUUCAGUGGA